AUGUCUUCAAAUUAUAAUGAUCCUUAUAACUCUUACAUUUCUCAACUAAAUCUUUUGAAUCCAGUUAACUUACCGGAUACGUCUCAAGAGGAACUCGACACUCAGUUAGAGUUCUGGUCUAAUGUACAAUUCACUUUUGACGUUCAACCUAAUUUGAAUUUGAUGGAAGAUACUUUCGAAGUAGAUACCAAAAUGGAACAAGAUGCACUAGCAGCUGCGCAGCCCACUAUGUUAACUCAACAAGAUACUUCAUCCAUUUCUGAUACUCAACAAACAAUUUAUCAUCCUAUGCUCUCUUAUCCCACUGCCAGUUCAAUUAUGACUACAAGUCUACAGCCUAUUCCUGUCGCACCAGCUGUCACUACUACAUCAAAUACCACGACCUUUCCUCCGAUAUACCCAGCACCUCCUGUAGCUGUUUCCGAUAAUAUGGUCAAAAAUGAUGAUGAUACAUCAACAGUUUCUAUUUCAAAGAGUUCUACCGGAAUUACAAACCCACCGUCUCGUAAGAAUUCAUCAUCAAAAGGAUCAAAAACAGAAUCCACUGCAAUGCAUAUUGAUUCUCAAGCACCACAGAAUCCUGAAUUGGCAGUUAAAUUGGCAGCUGAAGAAGAUAAACGAAGACGUAAUACUGCAGCAUCUGCUAGAUUCCGUGUAAAGAAAAAAAUACGUGAACAGGCACUUGAAAGAACUGUUAAGGAAAUGACCACAAAGGCUGAAACACUUGAGGGUCGAGUGAAAGAGCUUGAGAUGGAAAUAAAAUGGUUAAGAAGUUUAAUUGUGGAAAAGGACGCUAGGUUGUUGGACAUUGAGCGCCCUGAUAAAAAACAUAAGAGCGUAACUGAAAGCAAGAGUACAGAAGAGACCAUAAAAGCAGAAUCCGACGAUAAAUCAAACAAAAAGGAUCAGGAUGCCAAAUAA